AUGACGCUGGCCACGCCCCCUUCGUCCCGGGGCUCCUCCCCCCACCAGAAGCUCUGCCAUUCACAGACCCAGACGGAUGUUCUCAAGCCACUCCUGGGUGGAGCAGGUCUCCACCAAUCAGCAGCCCAGCAGCGCAGGCGGAGGCGGGUCUUGUCCAAGGAUGGGCGGAGUAACGUGAGGAUGGAGCAUGUCAGUGGUCGCGGGACACUAUACCUGAGGGACCCCUGGACCACCUUUGUGGACAUGCAAUGGAGGUACAAGUUGGUGUUCUUCUGUGCGACUUUUGUCGGGACCUGGUUCAUCUUUGGCCUGCUGUGGUACCUCCUGGCCUUCCUGCAUGGGGACCUGCUGGAGUUCGACCCGCCUGCGAACCACACCAUUUGCGUGAUGCAGAUGCAGACCCUGACGGGGGCGUUCCUCUUCUCUCUGGAGUCCCAGACUACCAUUGGCUACGGUUUCCGCUGCAUCACGGAGGAGUGCCCGCCCGCCAUCAUCCUGCUGAUCCUACAGCUCCUCAUCACCACGGCGAUGGAGAUCUUCAUCACCGGAACAUUCUUGGCCAAGGUGGCUCGGCCUAAGAAGAGAGGGGAGACGGUGCGCUUCAGUCAGCACGCGGUGGUGUCCAGUCACGAGGGCCGGCCGUGUCUGAUGAUCCGCGUGGCCAACAUGCGCAAGAGCCUCUUACUGGGCUGUCAGGUGACAGGUAAACUCCUGCAGCCCUGUGUCUCUAAAGAGGGCGAGACGGUUCGUUUGGAGCAGAGGAACGUGGCGUUCAGCGUGGACACAGCCAGCGAGAGUCCCUUCCUGAUCUUACCGCUCACCUUCUACCACAUCAUAGACUCCAACAGCCCCCUGCGAGCCUGGGCGGCUAAAGGUGGGGGCUGGUCGGACCCUGAGCUGGCCGACUUUGAGCUGCUGGUGAUGAUGAGUGCUACAGUCGAACCCACCUCCGCUAUGUGCCAGGUGCGCACCUCCUAUCUGCCGGACGAGAUCCUGUGGGGCUACGAGUUCCCGCCAGUUGUCUCCCUCUCCCCAUCGGGCAAAUACGUGGCUGACCUCGCCUACUUUGACAAGGUCGUCAAGACCAAGAGCCCGCCGCUUUUCAAGCAGACUCCGCCCACCUCCCCGGGCCAUCGUCACGGAUACCAGAAUGCCGGCGGAGAAGGGGGCGGGACUACUACGACCACCAUGGACCCAGAGAAGAUCCGAUUGGAGGAGAGUUAUAGGGGGGAGGAGCAAGGAGGGAGAGGAGGAGGGGGGAGGGGCAGGGAUACCAGUCCUCUGAGCGUCCGCAUCAGCAAUGUCUAA